UGCAAUUAUUUACGCUCAUUAAUGGGAACACAGCGUAAAUCAUUAGUACACUGGUUUCGUAAGGGACUUCGUGUGCAUGAUAAUCCAGCAUUAUCGGAAACAUUUAAGGUGGCACGUGAUUCGCCCGAUGAAUUCUGUGUGCGCCCUAUAUUUAUAUUAGACCCUGGCAUAUUGGAUUGGAUGCAAGUUGGUGCAAAUCGCUGGCGGUUUUUGCAGCAGUCCCUUGCUGAUUUAGAUCUUCAGCUGCGCAAGCUGAACUCGCGUCUAUAUGUAGUUCGCGGCAAGCCCAUCGAAGUGUUUCCACAGCUUUUUGAGCGGUGGCACGUCCAUUUGCUUACAUAUGAAACGGAUAUUGAGCCGUAUGCCGUGACACGAGAUGCGACAGUGCAGAAACUAGCAGCAGCAGCAGGAGUAAAAGUGGACACGCACUGUUCCCAUACCAUAUAUAACCCAGAGCUCAUCAUUGCAAGGAAUAUGGGUAAGGCUCCAGUUACGUAUCAGAAAUUCCUGAGCAUUGUGGAAAAACUCAAGUUGCCGAAAGCUUUGGAUGUGCUACCGAGACUGCCAGAUGGCAUGCAACCAGUAAAGGAUGCAAAUGAGGUGAACGACACAAAAGUAUAUGACUGUCCAACUUUGGAGCAACUGGUCAAGAGGCCAGAGGAAUUAGGAGACAACAAAUUUCCUGGUGGGGAAACGGAAGCACUACGUCGUAUGGAAGCUUCUCUCGAUGACGAGGUGUGGGUGGCAAAAUUUGAGAAACCCAAUACAGCGCCAAACUCACUGGAGCCUAGCACAACGGUGCUAAGUCCAUAUUUGAAAUUUGGUUGUCUAAGCGCUCGCCUGCUGCAUCGGCGUCUUCAGGACAUCUUGGCCAGACACCCCAAGCAUUCAAAGCCACCAGUUUCCCUGGUAGGCCAACUAAUGUGGCGGGAGUUUUACUACACAGCAGCUGCUGCUGAUCCCAACUUCGAUCGCAUGUUGGGCAAUGCGUACUCGUUGCAAAUACCUUGGCAGGAGAAUUCCGACCACCUGGAGGCCUGGGCACAUGGGCGCACUGGUUAUCCUUUUAUCGAUGCAAUCAUGCGUCAGCUGCGGCAAGAAGGCUGGAUACAUCACUUGGCACGUCAUGCAGUUGCUUGUUUUCUGACUCGCGGCGAUUUAUGGAUCAGCUGGGAAGAGGGUCAACGCGUUUUUGAGCAGCUGCUGCUGGAUCAGGACUGGGCACUCAAUGCGGGCAACUGGAUGUGGCUAUCGGCCUCUGCAUUCUUUCAUCAAUAUUUCCGUGUAUACAGCCCAGUGGCAUUUGGCAAGAAAACAGAUUCCACUGGCGCCUACAUAAGAAAAUACGUGCCAGAGCUGGCCAAGUAUCCAGCUGGCUGCAUUUAUGAACCCUGGAAGGCUACGCUUAGCGCUCAGCGGGAAUACGGCUGCGUGCUGGGCGUCGACUAUCCACAUCGUAUUGUUGACCACGAUGUGGUGCACAAGGAAAACAUUAAGCGCAUGAGUGCUGCCUACAAAGUGAAUCGUGAAGUGCGCACUGGCAAGGAGGAGGUGGACGAGUAUGAGCUCAAGUCUCAAGGUAAUGCAAAGCGCAAGGCUCGCGCUGUGGCCACUGGACGCACGGCUAAGCGCAAGCGUUGAGAAGCAAAACAUAUAUUGUCUUAGAAUGCUAAGCAUUAGCCUAUGGCCAUUAUGUUUUUGUGCACUAAAUUGAACUCCUUCCAGUGUCAUUAAAGUCCAUUAUGCAAAAUCCUUUAAGCAGCUGAUAGCAUUUGGCCUUGGCAGUCAUCGAUAAUGUGCUGUGCUAACGACCGUCUGCUCGCCUGUGCUUGAUGCUUACGUCGAGUCGAACUAUAGCCAUUUCUCAGAAUGCCAGUAUCACGGAAUAAAUCACGUGUCCGGUUACUGCUGGCGACGCUCAAGCCAUUGAACAUGUAACAUCUGAGAGAUUUUAUAUACAAUUAGCAGAAACUGAAAUAUACAUAGAUUUAAGAUAAAUGAAAACCAAGCACGUGAUGCUCAAAGCUGUGUGUACAAAAGGCAACAUUGAAAACACUUAAGUUAUAUAACAAUCUAAUUAUAUAUUUAGCUUACAAUUAUAUUGAUGAAU